ACACUCUGCAAAAGACAAAACAACAUUUCGUCAUCUUCCAUUAAACCCUCUCUUCCUUCAUUUCAUUUCAUUUGCUUUGCUUUCAUCUCUCUCUCUCUUCCAUUAAUCUUUUCUAUCUGUCAAGCUUUGCAGUUUGCAGCCCACCACUUCGACUAUCAAACAACCAAAUAACUCCCCCCUUUCUCCUAAUUCAUUGACCAUCCACCCACACACACACACCAGAAAAGGAAUCUGUAGAUCAAGCAAAAAAGUAAUAAUGGAUCCUGAGAGGCCCCAUCGAAGUACUAGCAUCAACAACAGUAGCACUAGUGGCAACAACACAACAAGUGAGCUCUUCAUUUGUUUCACUUCACGCCUUUCUUCUUCUUCAUCCAUGAAAAUCUCUUCCAAGUCCAUCCUUAGUCCUGGUCGCUCUAGGGAAUCUUCUUCACAUAUCUCUCUCUCUUCAUCACUCAGUAGGAGGUUGAGAAAUAAUGGUAGCAUGAAAGGUGGUCAAGCUUCACCAAUGUUCGCUACAAAUAGUGGCAAAAAGAGAGGCUCCGGUUUUGACAACCCUGAGCCUUCUUCACCUAAGGUUACUUGCAUAGGUCAAGUUAGAGUGAAGACCAAGAAACAGGGCAAAAAGUUUAGAGCUUGUAGAUCUAAAAGAAGGGGAGAAGUUAGUUUCAGAAAAGUGGAUCAUAACAAUGGAGGCAACAGUCUUGAUUCAAGUAGCUCUCAGGAUUACAACAUGGGUCAUUUUUUGAGCAGUAAUAGCAGCCAUCAUCAGCAGCAGCAAGAGUGCAAGAAAUGGGUGCAUUUGCCAUUGACUAUUUGUGAAGCAUUGAGGGCAUUUGGGGCUGAGUUUAAUUGUUUUCUACCUUGCAGGUCUUCUUGUAUGGCUAACCAAAGGGAUAAAGAAGGGAAAACAAGAGGAUCUAGUGCUAAUGUUGGGAAUGGGAAUAAGAAUGGAAAUGGGAGGUCUUCUUGUGGGGCUGUUUUUACAAGGUGGCUUGUGGCAGUUCAAGAAGGGGAAGGGAAAGAGAGGGAGAUUGAGUUGGUUGUUGGUGGUGGGGAAGAUGAUGAGAGAAGGGAAAGUAGUGAGAUGAUGAUGAUGCGAAGUAGUCAAAGGAGACAUGUCUUUGAAGAUAUUGAAAUAAAUGAUUUUGCUAAUGAAAAUAAGGGUGGUGAUGAUGAUGAUGAAGCAGCUGCUAGAGUGAGCAUAUGUAUACCACCUAAGAAUGCAUUGUUGUUGAUGAGAUGUAGAUCUGAUCCUGUUAAAAUGGCUGCCCUUGCUAAUAAGUUUUGGGAAACUCCAGUGCCUAAAGAUGAACAUGACGAUGAAGGAGAGGAGGAUGGAAAUGAAAGGGAAGGGGAGGUGGAAGAACAUGAGCUGGUCCAAGAGGAUACUUUGGAAGUUGAAAGAGAAGAAAGGGAAGUAAAAUUUGAGCAAGAAAUUGAACAUCAAGUAAGUGAAGUUAGUGACAUGUAUGUGUAUUGUGAAGCAAAUGAAGAACAAGAAGAAAUCCCAGAAACUGAAGCAGCAGCAGAAGCUGAAACAGAGGUUGAAUCCGUUUUGGUGAAGAAUGGAAGUACUGGAGUUGCAGAAGAAACAAGUAUAGAGUAUCAAGAUCAAGAACAUGAACAUGAAGAUGAACAUGAAGUGGAAGAAGACCCGCAAGAAUCAACAUCAAAAGAACAAACUUUGACUGAAGUUCCAUUGAGUCUUGAGAAUGAAGCUGCCAUUGAAGAGCUGCACCUAGCUGAAGAGGAAAAUGUUAAUGGAAAUGGAGAGGAAGAAAGGGAAGAACAAACAAAAGCUGAAGAGGAUGAAGAAGAGGAUUCAACAGUGGAGGAGGAAGAAGAAGGUGAGACAAGCCAAGAAAGAUCCGAACUUGAAUACCCGGAAACCGACCCGGAAAACGAGUCAAAGGAGAGUGAGAGUCAAGAUAAGUUAUUGCCAGAUUGUUUACUAUUAAUGAUGUGCGAACCAAAGCUGUCAAUGGAGGUAUCCAAGGAGACUUGGGUGUGCAGCACAGAUUUCAUCAGAUGGUUACCAGAGAAGAGAAAGCAACAAGUAGUCAAACCAAAGGACAGUGGAGAUGAGCCCAAAAGAAGAAUCAGCGUUGACUCCAAUCCUCUCCCUAUUUUUUUACAGCCACCUCGCUCUUCUUGCUCUUUCCCGGCUGCUCCGCCUAUGGAUACGGCGGGUGCAGAAGCUGUCAAUGGAGCUGGCAGCGGCGGAUCAAAGACUACAAUGAUGGAGCACAAGCUUGUUGGAGGUAAAGGGUAUGAGCCGUUUCCGCUCACGCGCUGCAAGUCUGAGCCGAGGAGGUCAUCGGCUAAGCUAGCACCUGAUGCUUGCUUUUGGAAGAAUAGGAAGCUGGAGCCGACUUCAGUUGGAGUUGGCGGGGUUUUGAUGAGCCGAGUUGGGUAAAAAGUAGUCAAAGGUUAAAAAAGUGUUUGUGGUAAACUGGUAAGUUGUAGGAGUAAAUGAUGUAGGGGUUUUUUGUCCAAUUUGAACAGUAUCUUCUAUGCUCUGUAAAUAAGUUGUAUUUGUUUGUUUUCCAUAGUAUUUAAUUGAUCCCAAUUUGGGUAGCACAGUAA